UCGGUGGUAAAUAGUAGGGCUGUGUUUCCACCCUGGGGGCAGUCAGUUCCAGGUGUACUGCAGCCCUCUCCAGGUGAGAGCAAAGGGUGGCCUGCGCUCUUCUGCCAAAGGAAUGGAGAGAAGCCCAUUAACAAUAUCGGUGGUGGCACCACUUGGCUGCCCUGGACUCCAGUCUGUGCCGUAUGGUCCAUCCAUCGGUACCUGUUGAUCUUCAACCUCAGCAGCCCCACAGCAGAAGGAUCCUCUGAGAGACCAGGUUGCAGGGCCAGCAUGUGUCUCCAAUAGUUAAAAAGACAGAAGCAGUCUCCGCCAGCCAAGGAACCAGCAAAAACCUUUCACCAUGGACGUAGACGAUGAAGAAAACAUGAGUUCGAGCAGCACCGACAUUAAAGAAAACCGCAACGUGGACAACGUCCCUCCCAAAGACAGCGGUGGGACAGGGGCCGGGGAGGGGACACAGCUCUCCAACGGCGGCAGCAGCAGCAGCAGGAAGAGACCUCUGGAGGAGGGCAACAACGGCCAUUCCAAAUUUCGCCCCAAGAAGAGGAAGAAAACGCCCGGCCCCGUCCUGCCCAAGAACGCCCUGAUGCAACUCAACGAGAUCAAACCCGGCUUACAGUACAAACUCCUCUCCCAGACGGGGCCGGUCCACGCCCCCAUGUUCGUGAUGGCCGUGGAAGUCAACGGGCAGGUGUUCGAGGGCUCUGGCCCCACGAAAAAGAAGGCCAAGCUCCACGCCGCCGAGAAGGCUCUGCGCUCCUUCGUCCAGUUCCCCAACGCCUCGGAGGCCCACCUGGCCAUGGGCAGGACUCUGUCGGUCAACACGGACUUCACGUCCGACCAGGCGGACUUCCCCGACACCCUCUUCAACGGCUUCGAGACGCCGGUCCCUUCCGACGCUUCCUUUUACCUCGGCUCCAACGGGGACGGCUCCUUCGGCUCCGGCGGGGAGUACGCUUUGCCGUCGGCUGCCGUGGCCAGCAGCCUCUCCCAGUCGCCUCUGCCCCCGCCGUCCCCCUACCCCACCGCCAGUGGGAAGAACCCUGUCAUGAUCCUCAACGAGCUGCGGCCGGGGCUCAAGUAUGAGUUCCUCUCGGAGAGCGGGGAGAGCCACGCCAAAAACUUCGUCAUGGCCGUGGCUGUGGACGGUCAGACUUUCGAGGGCUCGGGGAGGAACAAGAAGCUGGCCAAGGCUCGGGCGGCUCAGUCGGCCCUGGCGUCCCUGUUUAACAUGCAGCUGGACCAGACCCCGUCCCGCCAGCCCAUCCCCAGCGAGGGGCUCCAGCUGCACUUGCCACAGGUUUUAGCUGAUGCUGUUGCACGCUUGGUUGUAGAUAAAUUCAGUGAUUUGACUGAAAAUUUCACAUCUCCGCAUGCACGUCGAAAAGUUCUUGCUGGAGUUGUCAUGACAACAGGCACGGAUGUGAAAGAUGCCCUUGUAAUAAGUGUUUCUACAGGAACGAAAUGUAUCAAUGGUGAAUACAUGAGCGACCGUGGUCUCGCAUUAAACGAUUGCCACGCGGAAAUCAUAGCUCGGCGGUGCCUGCUGAAAUUUCUCUACACACAACUUGAGCUUUACCUGAGCAAUAAAGAAGAUCAGCAAAAAUCCAUAUUUAUCAGAUCAGAGCAAGGCGGGUUUAAGCUGAAGGAGAAUGUGCAGUUCCACCUCUAUAUCAGCACAUCUCCUUGUGGUGAUGCUCGGAUUUUCUCCCCCCACGAAGCAGCACAAGAGGAUCAAGGGGACAGGCAUCCAAACCGCAAAGCCAGAGGACAGCUGCGGACGAAGAUCGAAUCUGGGGAAGGGACCAUCCCCGUGCGCUCCACGACCACUAUCCAGACGUGGGACGGUGUGCUGCAAGGAGAGAGGCUGCUGACCAUGUCCUGCAGUGACAAGAUAGCCAGGUGGAACGUAUUGGGUAUUCAAGGAGCCUUACUUAGCCUCUUUGUGGAGCCAAUUUACUUCUCUAGCAUCAUCUUGGGGAGUUUAUAUCAUGGGGAUCAUCUAUCCAGAGCCGUUUACCAGAGGAUAGCAGAGAUAGAAGAUCUACCACCUCUUUAUACACUCAACAGACCUUUACUUAGUGGUAUCAGCAACGCAGAGGCCCGUCAGCCAGGCAAAGCCCCAAACUUCAGUGUGAACUGGACAGUAGGAGACACCGGCCUGGAGGUCAUUAACGCCACCACCGGCAAGGACGAGAUGGGCCGCGCGUCCCGCCUGUGCAAGCACGCCUUCUACAGCCGCUGGAUGCGCAUCCACGCCAAGCUUUCCUCCAGCCUGCGCUCCAAGAUCCUCAAGCCCAACCUGUACCACGAUACCAAGCAAGGAGCCACCGAGUAUCAAACUGCCAAAGAGUGUUUGUUCAAAGCAUUCCUGAAGGCAGGACUUGGAGCCUGGGUGGAGAAGCCCAUAGAACAGGAUCAGUUUUCUCUCACGGUCUAAUUCACAAACUGCACAUCACUUUGGAAAGGGAGUUGCUCUGGAAAUUCCUGGUGUCCAGCACUGCUUUCUGGCAUCUCCACAGCCAUUAAAACAUCUUCUUUGCUGUUUGGAGUUGGGUUUCUUUGAGGUUUUUUCGAAACUUCACACAGUAACUGUUUCUGUUUCGCCUGAGUGUUGAAACUCAAUGAUGAUCUGACACAUAAUUGUAUAUUUUGUUAUAGGAAAGUAAUUUCUGGUGUAUUUCUAGAAAUACUUUUGCUGUAGAAAACUUGCAGUAAGGCUGUCCUUACUGUAUACAAUGACUCAUUUUUUCUGGGUUAAAAUAAUUUCUUUUUUUAAUUCAAUGUCAUCAAGUGCAUGAAGAAAUUAGAAGUUUCUCUAGGUUUUACACCACACUUUUAGGAAGUAGCUUAAUUUUUUAAAAAUAGGUGACAAAGCUGAUUCUACUGCUCUGUUAACUUGUUUUUGAACUGCAGAUGUUUUUAGCACAUAGACCACAGAGCCAGAAUGGAGUCUGGACAGCUAGUUUUUUCCCCAAUUCCUUGCUCUUUAAAACCAGCUGCUGAAAAUUUCAUGUCUUUGAUGUAUGUAUUUAUUAGUCUGUGACCCAGUUUUUAACAUGCAGCUUUUUAUUCUGUUUUUAAAAAUACAUUUACCUCCCAUUUACACCCAUUGUGAAGUCUUCUUUUUUUUUUUUUUUACCAUUGUAAACUGGAAACAGCAAAACCAAUUAUUUGUAAGUUGAGAAGUUUAGUCUAUGACGUGCAGAAGCCUGUUUAGAAGUAGGUGACUUGUUAUAUCCCAGGAACUCGUCAGAAUACAACCUUAAACUGUAACAGCGAUGUGACAGCUUGAAAAAGAAUUUGAUCACUUCGAGGGCGCUAAGCCUGAAUUGCCAAAACCACUCCCCUGUUUGGGUCUUAAUGAGAAGCUUUUUUAGUGGAUAAAGCAGCUGUUGAAACUCAUUUCCUGGGAGUUAUAUCACCCAAGUUGUUGUGUCUCUGAGGUUCCGCUGCCUUCUGGCUUUACACGUGUGAUGGGCUUCGUGAAGCUUACUGGGUGCAUUCAUUUGUUUCGACUUUUAAUACUUUAAAAGGUGUCAUUCCCAAAGGUGUAGGCACUUCUGCUUUAUGUAAGACUGUGAGAUAGGAGCGAAAUAUUGCGAGGUGCGUUCGAGGAACUGCUCUAGAGAAGGGGUUUUUAAAACCGCUUUUUGGUUCGUGACGUCAGUAGCAGAGGAGUCAGUGGCGUGGGAGCUCUCCUGACCAAACCAAACCUGACCCAACCAGCUCUGGGCUCCUGUCCUCUGCUCCACUGCCCCAGCCUGUGCCACACACGCAGGAGGUCACACCAGCAGGCUGGUCCGUGCUCUGAGCUCAGGCAGGGGUUGCUCAUAGACCCACAUUGGGUCGGAGGUGCAGCUGGAGCUGUGCCGGUGCCUCUGCGGGGCGGUGGAGCCGAGCAGGGAUCGGUUCAGCUGCGUGGCCGAGGCCUGUGUGUUGUGGGGCUGGGACUGGAGCCAGGGUACCCCAGCCCCAGCACCUCUGGGUGUUGGAGACUUUGGUUUAAAACCACUUCGGGACAAUCAUGAAUGCCAAGACGUUGCUGCUCAAGUAGGAACCUGUUUUCUGCUUCAAGAAGUGACCAAACGUGAAAAUCACUCGUGCAUUAGUCGAAGCCCCUGGGUUAAUGUCUUGGAGGUAAGGCACUGAGGUGCAAACAGUGUGCUUGGGUGGUACUGUGGGUAGUGGCAAGCACUGCUCUGGGAGGGCAAGCGAGUCUGUGACCUAGGGAUCCCCUCAGAAAAGCCUGGUGCUUCCAGAGGUUACUGCCUUUUCCACGUGCCAGGGGAGCAGGCUGCGGUAGAUGGGCUGUGUUAAUUCACCCUCAUGGGUGGUUUCAGCCACCCUGUCUGCUCCUCGUUAAAACUAAAAGCACUCCCAUGGCUGUGCAAGCCCAGCAAGGCUCUUGCAGUCAUCAUCCAGCUGAGGUGUGCACUGACCUGUUCCAGAAGGAAUUUUAGCACCGGGGCAUUGGCCUUGUCGUGUUCACGUUGCAGGGGUUCUCUUUGGGGGCUGUGGCUGAGUGUGGGAAUGUUUCUGCAGGGGGGAGGACAAGCUGGUCAUGCCUUGUGUGUUUUCUGGAGGUCGUUACUGCUCUUGGGUGAAAUACCUGUUUUUAAGGGGCUCAUUCAAAAGUUGGUGUCUCUCUGAAAUUUUUUUUUGAGGACUAGAAAAGUAGUAACUUGAACUAUUUUUUUUUUUUUUUUAAUGAAGUCAAAAAUAUGAGCAAAAUGUUUGUGUUAUUGUAGACACAGUUUUUUAAGCUGUUCGAAUGAACAAUCAGAAUUAAAGUGUAAAGGAGAUGGGUUCUAUGCCAAAAUCCUUUGACAAAGGAGUGGUGUCAGGUUGUUUAUGAGGAAUGAGUUGUCCUGUUUAUAAUUCUGGGAUUUUAAAAAGAGGUUUUCCAGGGUUGUGUGCAAUCCAUGUCUGUCUUCUGGGAGUCAAUAAAACACUGCUUGGCUUCCUUCAAUGCCUUGUUGCUUUCUGUGCAGUUGACACAUGGCAGGAAGUUGGGAGGGUUCCCUGCAAAUCGCUGCCACUUGAGCAAGAAGGGGUAGUGAUGCAUCUGAUUUCAAGUGACUGCAAAAGAUAAGGCAGCUCAGCCUCUGGCAGCUGCCAAAUUUUUUGGGAUACCAGCGCUGGAAGGCUGAGGGGUCUGGAAAGCUGGAUGGGUGGGUGGGAACCUGCACAGGGGACUUGUACUGCUGCUCUAGGAGCUGCUUCUGUUCUUUCACUGUUUUUCUUUCCCCUUAUUUUUGCUUGAAUAUUCAUAUAAUUAUUUUGAUGGAAUAUUUAUAUAAUUGUAAUUGAGUGUUUGUCUCAGGAUCUUCAAAGGACUUAGAGUAACAACUUAAAUGUUGAUGAAUACUUGAAAUCUUAUUUAAGGUGGUUUGUUUUUUUUGUCUCCAGAUGGCAGUCUGGCUAUAGUAAAGUUUGUAGGUUAGGAAAGUGGGUAAUUUUAAAUAUAGAUGUUUGAAAUAUAUAUAUAUGUGUAUAUAUAUAUAUAUAUAUGUUAUGCAGGAUCAUUUUAAGAAAAUGUGGGCCUAAAGGUUAACACUUGAAAUGUCGCUUAUGGCUGUACUCAGGACCUGGUAGUAACUGUAAAUUAUUUCUUGCUGCUUGUGUGUGUGUUUCAUGGAGAGCCUGUCAGCCACAGCUCUCCCCCAGCGGUGUGGAUGUCCCACAGGUAGCCAUGGGAGUGGUGGCUCUGCUUGCUUAGGGAUGUACAGCAGUGGGGUUUAUGUACAGGUGACAAUUCUCAUCUUCUCCUGGUCUUAGAGGGAUCUUUUAGUGGCUGGUUAGUGCAUAGGAAACUCAGGAGUAGAAGGUUUUUGGGUGCUGUUGCUCUAAAUCUGAAAUAAGUUGCUGCUUGAAAGGGUGAGGAUCUCAGGACUGGUGUUUGCAUUUCAUCAGCCCAGUUCUGAAGACAGGCUGGGAGAGCUGGGGGGGUUCAACCAGGAGAAGGGAAGGCUCUGUGGAGACCUGAGAGCCCCUUCCAGGGCCUAAAGGGGCUCCAGGAGAGCUGGAGAGGACUGGGGACAAGGGCCUGCAGUGACAGGACAGGGGUGGAAAGGCUUCCCAUUGACAGAGGGUAGAUUUUGAUUGGAUAUAGGGAAGAACUUCUUCCCUGGGAGGGUGGGCAGGCCCUGGCACAGGUUGCCCAGAGCAGCUGUGGCUGCCCCUGGAUCCCUGGAAGUGUCCAAGGCCAGGUUGGACUGGGCUUGGAGCAACCUGGGCUAGUGGAAGGUGUUCCUGCCUGUGGCAGGGGGUGGGACAAGAUGAACUUUAAGGUCCCUUUCAACCCAAGCCAUUCUAUGAUUCUGUGAUGGCCAAGAGUGCCAUCUACCCUGGGAAGCCCCCAAACUCGCCCUGCUCUCAGUGCAAACGUGCACGAGUUCAAACUGUUGGUUUGGUAGCAAGAGGCAGAGCCUGUGUCGUGGAGAGGUGCUGCCUUUGGAAACCAAGCUGUGUUUAAAACAAAUAACCAGCCAGGAACUGAGAAUCAGGCCUGAGAAUUGACUUAGUCACGGUCACCACAUAAUUAAAAUUUUGGGGGGUUUAAAUAUCCAUGGUUUUCAAAAUAGUUUGCUAUUGCCAUUCCUUAAAUUAAUGCUUGGAAGGCUCACACUUGCAGAGAAGCUGCACUUUGCAUUCCUUGCAUUUUUAUCAUCAUAAAACUGUCCACUGUGAAAAUUAUCCCAAAGUUUACUGGAAGGGAAGAAGAGUUGCAAUUCAGGGAUACAGUCAGAACAAAAAACGUCUCAUGUCACUUAAAACCCAAAAACCCGCAGAAAUGAAAUGUACAAAAUACAACUAUCCUGUUUCAGAAUCACCACGUGGCUUUUGUUGGGUUUCUUUGUAGAAUUGUGUAUUUAUUUAUUUAUUUUCUAAUAGGAAGUGUUUUCAGGUGAGCAUGAAAGAUUCCUGCUGGGAAAGGAGGUGAUGUUGAUCCUGGGGUUACCUAGAGCUGACAGAGGCACCAUUUUGGGUUGAUUCCCUUGUGUAGGCAGGAGUGAGUUCUGGGGGUAGUUGUGUUUUGUUUUCUCCCGUCAUUCCAGGAAAGAGGGGUCGAGAGCCGUGUUUGCAGCCAGUGGAACAGUUUAAGGAAUAUCUGUUCUCUGUGACAUCCACAGUCGAUGUCGCCGCAGUACUUUCACAUUUUUAACGUCGUCGUCGUCAUCAUCAUACCAAUAUAAUUUCUGUGGUAGUUUGGCUGAGGCAUCCUUUAACAAAUUUAAGAUCAAAGAGGUGUGCGUGUGUGUGUGUGUGAAUAUGUAUUUAUACAGACAUAUAUAUAUAUAUUGCUGUAUAUUAUUUGCAUUAAGCAGUUAUUCCUCCCCCCCGUCUUCCUGUGUGAUAGUGCAAAUCCAUUGGUUUUACCUGCCUGGUGUAAGGAUAUUAAAGAACACUCUCAGAUACUGUCCUCGACACUUACUUUCUCCAUUCAUAACCCCGACUUCGACGACAAGACCUUGUUAUACCUCUGGUUUGUUGCUUCCCUUCCAUCACCCUUGUCCCUCUCCCGGUGUCACCGCUGAAGCACAACCCAUUGGUCGAUUAUUCCAAGCAAUGACUGUUUUGCAUACUACCUUGCUUUGUUUAAGUAAUGUUUGUACAGAGAAUUCAAAAUAUAAAGAGCUAUAUCAUU